AUGGACAGAACAGGACAGCUCCUCAACACUCUCCCCGGACAGAUAGUCAGAUCGAUAGAAGACACCCCUGUAAGCUACAACGUAAUAGUUAUGGGAGAAAGCUAUUCUGGAAAAAGCUCGCUGAUUAGCUCGCUCUUCAGCAUAGAGACAGACAGUGAGCUGAUCAGAGACGAUACCUUAUUCCACGAAGUGUGCGACAUGGCGUGCACCAAUAACCCCCUGGCCGAGCUAAUGGAUACAGAGGCGCACUGUCUAGAGCGAAACAACACCUCAAUUUCAGCCACAAGAUACAUUCUCAAUGAAAGUGGAAUAAAAAUGAACUUAACCGUGUAUGAAAUAGGAGGGAUAGGAGACUCUGUGAACAGCUCGUACGACUGGGUGCCUGCUAAGAACCUUGUGCUAAACAGGUACGAAGAGUACCACAUGGAGGAAGACCACGGGCAGCUGAAGGAAGACAAGAGGAUACACGCGUGUCUGUACUUAAUCAGCCCAACAGAUGUCCUCAGAGAGAUAGAUGUUUUGUGCAUGUACGAAAUGGGAAAAAUAACGAACUUAAUUCCGAUCAUAUCUAAGUCAGAUAUGCUCACUGAGGAGAAGUACAGGGAAAUGAAAGAGGCUGUGUGCUCGCAUUUGAUCUCCAGGAAUGUCCAGCUGUUCGACUCCAUCUGCGUGGACGAGUGCAAGAAAGUGGUUGAGCUCAACUUUCUUCCCUUGAAGUUUUCUACGCCUGGCAGAGUAUAUCCGUACGGCACCUCGUCAGAAAACGAUGCAGAUGUCUGCACGCUUCGCGAUCUGCUGAUAUCGCAGCACUUGGUUGAUCUGAAGGAGGUGACUGACGGGUACUACGAGACGUACAGAAGAAACAAGCUGAUAGUUGAAAUACUCAUAGUGAAGGACUCGGGGAUAAGCGAAGACUUCCAGAGGAGAAUGGAGCUAGAAGAAGCCAAGGCAAAAAAACUAGCGAAAAAGAUAGAAGAGAAAAAAGCAAGCUACCAAAUCCUGAUAGCACAGCACAAGAAUGCAAUACCCAAGGAGCUACUGUAG